AUGGCCUUCAGUUUUGGUAAUUCGGGUGGCGCCCAGGCUGGGAAUGCCGGAGGUGCAGCCUCAGGACCUGAAUUAGAGACCAUCGCGACCGAGGAACUAGGAUUUCUCUCUGUUGCCGGCGAGGCCAAAGUUCGCCUGACUUCGCUAUGGUCGCCUCUACCUACACCAACAGCGUCUCUGCUCGGUGUCGCGUCACGACGAGGUCUUGUUGCAGCCGCAGGACCUGACCAUGUUAUACUUGCGACAACCGAAUCCGUCCGCAAAGCUCUCGAGAACCCCAAGGAAGGCGAGUCGGAGAUUCGGUCCUUCCAGCCUCAACUCAAGAUGCCGCUCCCCAUGCGAGUAUCCCAAUUGGCAUUUACGGCCGACGAAAACUAUCUCAUUUUGUCUGCGGAAUCAGGAGGCGGUCUCGCGAUCUAUGAAGUUCAGAGUCUGCUGAAUGGCUCCACAAGCUCCGUCUUUGAGCUUCCGACGAACGGAGAGUCGUUGCGACUACUAGCACCCAACCCGACUUCGGAAAAGGCCGAGCUUUGCGCUAUUGUGACGACCAACGGCAAUCUUCACAUGACGAAUCUCAAGGAGAGGAAAAUCAGCAAUGUCCUCAAGAGCCAAGUGAGUUCUGUUAGCUGGAGUUCGAGAGGCAAGCAGCUAUGCGCUGGCUUGGGAGACGGCACAAUCCAUCAGAUGACCCCUGAAGGUGAAGCCAAGGCGGAAAUCCCUAAAGCCCCGAAUCUGGGAAAUCACCAUGUCUCUUCUUUGACUUGGCUAGAGAACAAUCUCUGGUUGGCUAUUUACACCUCCAACGAUGAAUCAGCCCCUUCAUCAGUAUACAAUAUUAUUACACGCACACCUCCUUCAUCCUUUUCUUUCCAGAAGAUUUCCGAUCCUAUUGAACCUUUUGGAGCUGAGAAAGCCCCCCAUCAUUCAGUCCUUAGGUUGAGGGACUUCCCUCCUGAUAUCCAGGACCUGCUCAUCGUAGCCUCUACUGCAUCAACAGACAUCGGACUUCUGACCAGAUCUAAGAAAGCCCUUGCUACUGAUAAGCCAGCCGACUCCAUUACCGGGGUAUUUGUCACGACUGAACUACUUGAUGACAGCAAAAGGCCUACGCUUCCUAUGACGGAUUCCAUGGAUGAUUCUACCCCUAUUGGAGUUGCUCUGGACCUUUCCAGCAAGGACAAGGUUUACAAGCCUAUCCCAUCAGAUGAAGAACUUGAAGAAUCACCAACCCCUCUUCCUGGACUGUGGGUGUUGACACACGAGGGUGUUCUUUGCCCAUGGUGGCUUGUUUACACCGAUUCGAUCAGAAAGGGAACCCCAUACCCCGGUUUGGCUUCUUUAGAUAGCUCGGCACCUUCACAACCACCCUCGACUCCCUUUUCGUCGCACACGGGAAUGUCAGGCCUAGGAUCGACUACAACACCCACCACCACUCCUGCCCCUGCAUUUGGCUCUUCAAGCCAGCUAGGAGCCAAAACUUCACCUUGGGGAGGAGCCUCGACCACGACUCCAACCCAACCUACUGCAACCUUCGGAUCUAGUACAUUCGGUAGCUCUCCCGCCCCCUCGGCCCCUGCGUUUGGAAAGCCAAGCACAUUUGGGCAGUCAUCUCAAUUAGGGACGAGGUCUUCUCCCUGGGGAGCAGGAGCCGGGUCAGGCUCCACCCCAGCCUUUGGACAGUCUGGAUUUUCAUCCUUUGCGAACAAAAAUACAUCCACGUUUGGCUCCAGUGCGCAGCCCCCGGCCCAAUCGCAAGCGCCGUCAUCUGGAGGGUUUGCCAGCUUCAGCAGCCAGGGUGGAUUUAGUUCAGUUGCCAACAACAGUUCCGGCGGUAGCAUCUUUGCUAGUUCCGGAAACCAGGCAUCUGGAGGUGCUACCAGUGUUUUCGGAUCCGGUUCAUCUGGAAAUACUAGCUUCGGCGCCAAGACUGAUAAGCCUUCAGGUGGUUUGUUUGGUCAACCCUUCAAGCUUGAGAGUUCAUUCAAGCCCGAUCCGACUUCUGCUGCGGAUAAUGAAAAGCCUUCGACAACUUCAGGUAGCUCACUAUUUGGCUCCGCAUUUGGUUCAGCCCUGAACGACGCAAAAACUCAACCGGCCCAGUCAACAAUAUCCUCAAAGGAUGAGGAUAUGGAUGCUGAGGAUACAACCGAACAAACACCCCAGGCAAAGCCCUCUACUUCCAUAUUUGGCUCACAAACUACUGUGGAAUCCACAACUCCGACAACAACACCGGCACCUCCGAAGUUUGGAUUAACCUCGACGGCGCCCGGUAAAUCCAUUUUUGGACAGCCUAGCAUUGGCCUGGGAUCCAGUGGGGGGCUAUUUGGGUCCAAGAAUGAGCCAGCCAAACCAUCACCCUUUGGCGGAUUGUUUGCCCAGAAGAAGCAAGUUGAACCUGAGACGCCCAAAUCAAAGCCUGGAGAGCAGGAACCACUACCACCGGACACCACGAGCAAAUUGGUUUAUCCUCUCGGUGACUCGUCUUCAUCCUCCGCUACAUCCAGUGCGCCCACUGCUUCGUCCCAGGUUGUAGAAGCUCCUUUACCUCCCGACCCAGUAGUUACACCCAAGCCUACUAAGGACAGUGGCCUGAAAGAAGAGUCAUCAUCAGAGAAGAGCGGAGCCGGGGACGCACCUCUACCUCCUGAUUUCGUGAAAGUCUCAAAACCCAAGGAAAGCUCAUUGGUCCCGGAGGCAGCUCCUUUACCUCCUGACUUUGCCAAGCCAAGCAAGACGCCCACUCCACAACCGCCUUCCAUCUUCUCAGAAGCCAACGUGCCCAGUACAUCCUUCAAGACGGGGGCGCCCACUUCAUUCCCGAGCUUCAAUGCCCCUCCCGCUCUUGAUGACGAUGAGGAUGAGAGUGAUUUCGAGGAUGACAACGCUACCGAAGGAAGUGGCGUUGACGUUGCGAAGGAUUUGAGUCCCAGCGCGAGUGGUCUCGGCCAGACUACAACUCCUGGCUUUACUCCCCAGAGCUCCUUUGGAGGUGUUGGCUCUAGUGUGACCAAUACGACCGUGGACCGGUCAAAACCCCUCUUCGGAGAACUCAGCCGUAACGCCCCCCUAUUUCCACGCCCGAAUGCAGGCAGCCCUCGUUCUCCAAGCCCUGUCCGCGCAAUUCCUGGCCGUAUGCUGCGGAACGAUACCAGAUCGGUGAGCGCGCCUGGAAUGGCAUCACAGAUUGUAGGACAUCAAACUCAGUCACAGUUAAGGGGGUCAAUUACCAGCCGAGAAACCAAUGCGAAUGCUGAAGAUCAUUUCUUGGCACAAAAUAGAAAAUUGAGGGCGCGACAAGAGGCGGAAGAGACACAGCCCCUUGUCGAUGAGGAGGAUGACGAAGUACAGAAGAUUCUGGCCUCGGAAGUCGAGGGUACAUUGGGUCUGGAUGAGUUCAUUGCUCAUACGAACACAGGCCCUCCUGCCGGGGAAAGCAUUCCUUCACAAGUUGAAGCUGUGUACCGAGACAUCAAUUCUAUGAUUGAUACGGUUGGGUUGAAUGCACGGUCUGUAAAAGCCUUUGUCAAAGGGCAUACGGAGAACAGAAAAGAGGGAGGUCGAACUAAGGAGGAUCUUGAAAUUCCCGAUGAUUGGGUGCUUUGCGAGGUUGACGAGCUGGGAAGAGUUUUGGAUGAUGAUCUCUACGGCGAGCUGGAGAACGGGCGUGUCCGAAAUCUUGAGGAAAAGAUUGAAGCCUGCCAAGAUUUGACGCGAGAUAUGCAUCGACUACGAGCCAAGCAAGAGGAUCUCAAGAAGAUUAUCGCGGCAAGACUGGACCCUGAUCAGAAAGCAGCGACUCAAUCUCUGCCGCUUAGUGCUGAACAAGCCACGCAACAAAACGAACUUCGCCGCGAUUUUACCAAUUUCUCUAAGCUCUUGGCUGAGACCGAGGAGACCCUCACACUGCUCAAGGCUAAACUGGCAUCAGUUUCAGGAACUACUGGAAGGGGGAACACCAACAUGCCAACGGUUGAUGCCGUCAUGCGAACCAUCACCAAGAUGACCUCUAUGGUGGAGAAGCGAAGCGGGGAUAUCGAUGUGCUAGAAAAUCAGCUUCGCAAGGUCCGCCUCAGCACUCCUAUCCGUGAAGGGUCACCUGCGGCAACUCCCCAAAACCGAAGGAGCGUCCUCUUCUCCCCUGAUUCUACGCCAGCCCGAACACUCCGCCAUAGCUAUAAUGCCAGUGUGGGAUCAAUUGGAAGCCCAGCCCGGGCAACGCCCAGGAAGAAGUUGAGUGGGUUCAGCAAAGAGGAGAAGGGAGACCUCAUGGACAAACGGGCCCGCCGACAAGCAGUCUUGGACAAGUUGAAAUCCAGCGUGGAGAAGAAAGGCGUUAGUGUUUGGAACAUGGAAGAUAUCGAAUGA